AUGGCGAGGGUUUGGAGUGACUUUAACACCCUUCACAUAAAGCCAUUUCGAACAUACUCACAACCGACUUUGCUGGUGAAUUCUCAUGUUUGCUGCAUGCUAUUCACUACACUUUUUAAAAUAGCACAGCAAUUAUCUCAGAUUGAAGAAUUGGAUUCAGUGAAGAUGAGUUUAGAAUGCUGGACUGUACUCACAGCAUUCUGUCAUUUUCUUCAGGCUAUUUUUGAAUUGCAGGUUUUAAGUGUAUUCAAUAUGCCUGCACGGUGCGCUGUACCCGUUGAAGAGGCUGUGACAGUUAUAAAGAGAUAUCUUAGUUACUUUAUUACGGAUACUCUGCCUGCCUGGAAUUCUCCUGUAUGGAAAGAAAUCUCACAAGAACCGGAAAUAUUAAAAUACAAGUGGUCUAAAGAAAACUUAUGGAAUCAUAUAAAGGUACAGAUUAAGAAUGAGGAUGGAUCUGUCAAUGUUGAACUACGUCAGCGAGUUUGGACCGACAUACUUUCGUUUGAAUUUUGGAAACAAUAUAGGUUGAAGUGUGCGUUUGUUUUCAAAAAGGGUUCAAUCCAAAUAAAUGGGGGUUAUUACGCUAUAAUGCAGGGUCAGUGCAAAAGUAAAAGUUGCAAAAAUCCUGUAUUCGGUUACAUCGAAAAAGAUCCAGGGGAUAUAGGUUCAGUAACUGUACGUUUUCAAUGCCGUGAUACUCGUUUUGACCAGCAUGAGGAUUGCAAAAGACCCUUACAAAAUGAACGACGAGAUAUAUUACGAAAAGACGUCAAAGAAAAAGGUGUAUUAGGUUCGCGUAAUCAAGUAGCUAAUGAUUUACUUAAACCUGGCGAUACACAGUGUCCUGUGCUAUUUUCAGAUAAUGUUUUGUAUCAAUUAAAAAAGGAAUCGACUGAACAACAGUUUGGCAUCAAGCCUGAAGAUCGGCGGGACCUCAUAAGAACUAUUCAGAAUAUGAAGGACGAUCCAGUUUAUAUAGAUUCUAUUCUACAAAUAGGUGAUGGACCUUUUUUCACAUUUUAUUUGUCUUCGUCUCAGCUUCAUUGCUAUAAAGAAUAUCGUGCAUCCAUAAGCGAGAUUCAUCAAUUGCCAUCGAUGCUACGGGAGGAGUCCCAAUCAAUUUACCAAAUGCUCUCUGAGAUUCAUGACACGGAUAUUAUCUAUCUAUGGUUGACAAGAUGGCUGCGUUUAAAAGUCAAUAAACCUAAGGAAAUUGUUUGUGAUGGAGCACGAGCCCUCUUAAAUGCUACUUGCUUAACAUUUAAUAGCUACACUUUAUCUAACUACAUUAAAUUAUGCUUUAAAACCGCUCAAAGUAAUACUAAAACUAACUCAAUAACUACAUAUAUACGUUUAGAUACAGCUCAUUUUAUGCACACAGUAAGUACUUGUGAUUGUUGGAAGUCUGUAGUACAUAAGAGUGUAAAAUCCUUUUAUAUGUACUGUAUUGGAUUACUUGUGGAUUCCAAAGAUUUUAAAUCUUUUGAGCGACUUCCAAUCCUUAUUUUGAUUGUGGCGAAUGUUGAUUGCGAAGAUUCUGUCGUUAAUUACGACAAUGAAGAAAUAACUCCUUUAAAGGCUCGACAAAUUUUAGAAAAUUUGAUUUCUGCUGAGAAAAGUAAUGUUUUCAUUGAUGAAAUAGAAGAAAAAAUUAAAGAUAUUGAUUUCGAUCAAAAUAAAAGUAAUUUAUUGAAUGAUGAUAAGAGUGUUGAAAUAAUUGAGAUUGACAAAAUUACCAGUUGGGUCAAAGAACUAGAAACUCAGUCUCUUAAUGUAACAGCGGUUGGUGAAAAAUUGAAUUGCUUUUAUCUACCUACAUUAGGGAAACCAUUCAAGGAUAAAAUAAAAGAAUUCCCAUUGUGGUCUAACGUGUAUGUAACAAAAAAUAAUAAUUUAGAUGCCGCAGUAAAGAAUUUGUCCAAACAAAGAAAGAAUGAGGGUAAAUACUUUAAAAAUUGCUUGGAUAUUAAGUUGAUUAAUAAAGGAGUGGAAAAAAAAGAAAAAACGAAAAUGGUAAAAAAUAAAAGCAUGGCUUAUAAUUUAUUAUUAAAUGGUAAUCAUUCAGGACCUGUAAAUUUUCAAGACCAAUGCUGGUUCGCUUACAAUACGUGCCCAUUUGAUAGCAUUGUCCAAAUUAUAUUUAAUAGAGCAUUAGAAAAUCAUGAAUUUCAUGACUUUUUAAAAAAUUCUAAAAAUAAAACAUUUUUAUUGGCAGCUUACUUUGCAUCAAUGGGUUUAACUUCAAAAACAUUUGAAAAAAUUUACACUGAACGAUUUGAAAUUUUAUAUCAGAUUUAUAAAACCAGCGAACUUACACAAAUGGAAGUGGAAACAUCUGAAGAUGAAAAUUCUGGUACUGAAUUUAUAUCUCGCGUCAUUGAUUGCUUCGAUAAUGUAAAUAAUUUAUGGAACAAAAUAUUUUUAAAUGAACCCAGUAUGUUUGAAAAAGUUUCAUGUCUGUCAUCAAGUUGUAAAGAUUCUCAACGAAAUGUACCGGUUAUGACUGUAGAUUAUAAUAUAGUACUGGAUCGUGGAUUUAGUAAUCUUGAAAAAGCAAUCAAUUUUCGUGGUUUAACGCGUGAUUUAUAUUGCAAAAACUGUCAUGAAAAAAAUUUAAUAGUUUCAAGAACGCUUAAUACAUAUAUUUAUAUAGAGUUAGACGUGCAAUCAUUAAACACCAAAGAAUCCAAAAAGUAUGCUGCAUUUGAUGUUUUAAAAAACCAUGACAAGAAUUUAACAAAAGCAUCUGGUAACGAUCCGCUUUUAAAAUUAGUCUGCGAAUUAAUUGUUGCAAAAUUCAUCAAGUUAGGAUAA